GUGACCAUAAAAAUGACAAUAAUGUCAUGUGAUAAUAUUGUUGUUCAAGAUGGCGACGUGUGAUAUCAGAUUGUACAAUAUUAUCGUGCUUGGUGUCUCUUUUAUGCUUAUAUUUACAGCAUUCCAAACAUGCUCAAUGAUAGAGAAAACGGUACUGGACAGUGUUAAAGCAGAUGGUAAUGGCACUAAUCCUGGAGAUGGCUACACUAGUCUGUGUAUUAUCUAUGCUGUGUUCUCAGCAUCUAAUUGGGCAGCACCAUCUGUUGUCAAUUUUGCUGGACCAAAGAUAUCUAUGAUAAUUGGUGGUAUUAUGUACUUUUUAUUUAUUUUAUCAUUUUUAAAACCGAUGGAAUGGUCGUUAUAUUUAGGAUCAGUUUUAGUGGGUUUCGGAGCUGCUAUUCUGUGGACGGGACAGGGAAACUUUUUAACAAUCAACUCAGAUUCAGAAACAGUUUCAAGAAAUAGUGGAAUUUUUUGGGCACUUCUUCAAUGCAGUUUACUGUUUGGAAAUAUGUACAGUUAUUUUGUAUUUAAGGGAAAAUCCCACAUUUCAUCUACAGAUAGAACUGAUUUAUUUAUUGGUCUGAGUUCUGCUGCUCUGGCAGGAAUUUUAUCAUUACUUCUACUUAGAAAAAAAAGGAACACUGACAGUGAAAAUCUGGUUAAUCUUAAUUCAAGCGGUACAACAGAACCAUCCGACUCACCUCUUCAAGCUCUUAAACGUUCCUUUCAACUGUUAAAAACAAGAGAAAUGUUGUUUCUUAGUGCUGCAUUUGCCUAUACAGGUUUAGAGUUAACAUUUUUUAGUGGUGUAUAUGGAGCUAGUAUUUCACAUGAUCAACAUUUUGGGGCAGACAGAAAUGGUCUCCUAGGACUGUCUGGGAUAUUAAUAGGUGUAGGAGAAAUUCUAGGUGGUGCCAUGUUUGGCCUGUUUGGAAAAAGAACCAAUAAACAUGGAAGAGAUCCUAUUGUAUUAAUGGGUUAUUUAGUUCACAUGACAGCCUUUUAUUUGAUAUUCAUCAACAUACCACAGAAUGCACCAAGUGUAGAAACAAACGAUUUUACUUAUGUAAUGUCCAAUAAAGUUGUAGCCUUGUUAUGUAGUUUCUUCUUGGGAUUUGGUGAUAGCUGUUUCAAUACCCAGCUGUAUUCAAUGUUGGGUUAUAUGUUUCCUGAAGACAGUUCACCAGCAUUUGCUUUAUUUAAAUUCGUUCAGUCAAUUGCUGCUGCCAUUGGUUUUGCCUACAGCAAUGUUUUACUACUAGAAUGGCAACUAUUAAUAUUAGUCAUAUCCGGAACAGCUGGAUGUAUAUGUUUCAAUAUCAUAGAAUGGCAGAACUCAUGGGCAGUUAAAAGUGGCUAUCAGACAAUUUAACUUGAUAAUGUAAAUAAAGUUUGAAUAGUUUGGUAGAGAAAGACAGAAGAAGGAAGAAGUCGCUGGUCUGAUGAAUACUCCGCUAGUCCACCAAAAGACACUAAUAAAUAAUCUAUAAAUUUAAUAUUUUAGUUUUAUCUUAAAGAUACAUUAUGGGAGAUUAGAUAAAGAGCUAGCAGUUCUCACUAUAAUAGUUAAAAACUAGAUAAUGUAAAAGGAAUUUGCUGAAAAUUCCAGUCAAAUUGACCCACUAUAAACUGAGAAUUUAGCAAUUGAAUUUUCGGCUUAGCCUCGAUCAUCAUUAUUAAAGUCUGUACGAUAAAAAACAUAGUCUCAAUUAUCCAUUUCAUGAUUUAAUCAUGAAUGAAAGUUGAGCAGCAAAUCAGAUCAUAAUCCAGUAAAUAUUGCAGGCUAACGAUGACAUCAAGAGUUGAUUAUGGUCUGGAUAAGUUAAUUAAUGUCUAAUUAAUAAUUUAUAAAACAUUUAAGUCCUAAAGAAAGACCUGCAAUAGACAGAUUUAGCUCUUUCAUAAUGUAUGUUUAAGGAAGAUUAUUCUAAUACUCUUUUUUAUUUGAAUUGUAUUAAAUAAAUAUUCCAAAUGUAUCUAGCUAGCAAUGUGCCACACUGUAAAGAAGGUAUUAAUGUGUAAUUAUAUUUUGCUAAAACCAAGUAUGUAUAUAAAAUGUGCCACACUAUCAAGUAGAUAUUAAAUGUGUUAUUAUAUUUUUCUAAAACCAAGUAUGUAUAUAAAAAGACGAUGUAUUAACUUUUGAAUAAGGAAAACCUUUUAAUAAGGAAACUUUUUUAUUUUUGUGUACAUAUCGUAGAAUUAAAACAAAUUACAUGACUGUAAAUCUGUCUGUUCUUAAAAGGGGAAUUAUGUAAGAUAUAGAGCUGGCCGUUCUGGCUAUAAUAUUUCAAAAAUAGAUAAUGUAAAAUGAAUAUAUUGAAAAUUUACUUCAAAUUACUUUAUUACUAUAGUUAUCAAUAAUUAUAGUUAUAACAAGAUGUGUACUGGUCAUUCAAGACUUAGCUUCGCUCUCCAUAAAUUAAAUCAUAAAACGGCCAAACUGUUCUAAUCUACUUAAAAUCAGAGACAUCCGAUGGCAUCAAGAGUUGAUUAUGGUCUUGUCAUGUUUAUAAAUGUCUAAUAAAUAAUUUAGAUAACAUUUCAGGUCUAAAGAAAGACCUGCAGUAGGCAGAUUUAGCUCUUGUAUAAUGCAUGUUUAAGCAUGCUCAUUGAUGAAUUUAGCUCUCAAGAGACAGAAAUUAUUAUUAAUAUAUGGGAAUGAUUCUGAGUGGUUAGGUGUUAUAACCAUUCGGAAGCCAUGUUGGCUCACUAAGUCACCAGGAGGUCAGGGGUUCGAUCCUGGUUUUGGUCGAGAAUGUACGUCGUCAUUUUCCAUUGUGGUUUCCUAACUGCCCUACAUUAUACAUCUCUCUCUCUCUCUCUCUCUCAAUUUUAAUCUAUGCAUAGUAAUGAUAGUCUAUGCAUUAAUUAAAUUUCUAAAGCGGUAGACACACACCUGAAUGAUUCGUCCGAAUCAAUCGGCGUCGAAAUUCGCCUAGUGUGUCCACUGUCAUUCGGCCAAAUGAUUCACCCGAAUCAAACAGGUUUGAUAUAUUCGACUGAAUUAUAUUCGUCUGGUGUGUCUGCUUAGCCGAAGCAUUCGGCCGAAUGUAGAAUUCAUUAGCCAAUCACCACUCAUCAUCCACUCAUACCGAGAAGUCAGGUGAUUGUUUGAAGACAUAGACGCCGCCAUGUUUAAUCAUGUGAGGUGAAAGGUGAUGCAAUCGACUGGUGAAUCGGGCGAAGCAUUCGACUAGUGUGUUUACCCAUUCGGCCGUAUAAAAUUUGGCGCCGAUUGAUUCGGGUAAUGUGUCCACUGCUUAAAAUUUGAAGUUGAUUUCAAUGUUUAAUUGUGUCUCAUA